CGUGUCCGCGGGACAGGGAGCAGUGCGCGCGCGCGGCCAUGGCGGCCCCUGCGUGCGGCCUUGCGCGGCCCUCCCUGCCCCUCCCGCCCGCGCUCUCUGGAGCCCGUGGCGCUGGCAAUCAUCCUCCGCCCGCCUGGCGGGAGCGCGCGGGCGCUCUGAAGAAGGUGGCGGGUGCGGGAGCGAGGCGCGGCAGGGCGGCCGCGGACAUGUGCAGCAUGUCCUUCAAGAAGGAAACUCCGCUUGCCAACGCUGCGUUCUGGGCAGCGAGGAGGGGAAACCUGGCCCUGCUGAAGCUGCUGUUGAACAGCGGUCGUGUGGACGUGGACUGCAGAGACAGUCAUGGGACCACACUCCUCAUGGUUGCCUCCUAUGCUGGCCACAUAGAUUGUGUGAGGGAACUGGUUCUGCAAGGAGCAGACAUCAACCUUCAGAGAGAGUCAGGUACAACUGCCCUGUUCUUUGCUGCCCAGCAAGGCCAUAAUGAUGUAGUGAGAUUUCUCUUUGGAUUCGGAGCAUCCACUGAAUGUAGGACCAAAGACGGGGGCACUGCCUUAUUGGCUGCUAGUCAGUACGGGCACAUGCAAGUGGUGGAGACCCUACUGAAACAUGGAGCUAACAUCCAUGACCAACUUUAUGAUGGAGCCACUGCCCUCUUUCUAGCUGCCCAAGGUGGUUAUUUGGAUGUUAUUCGAUUACUGUUGUCUUCCGGAGCGAAAGUCAACCAGCCAAGGCAGGAUGGAACUGCACCCCUAUGGAUCGCAUCCCAGAUGGGCCACAGUGAGGUGGUACGAGUGAUGUUGCUACGUGGAGCUGACCGCGAUGCAACACGAAAUGAUGGCACAACAGCAUUGUUGAAAGCGGCCAACAAAGGGUAUAAUGAUGUUAUUGAGGAGUUGCUCAAAUUCUCACCUACUCUUGGUAUUUUGAAGAAUGGGACUUCGGCUCUCCACGCAGCAGUGCUCAGCGGGAAUAUUAAAACAGUUGCACUGCUCCUGGAAGCAGGGGCAGAUCCAGCCUUGAGAAACAAGGCAAAUGAACUUCCAGCAGAACUAACCAAAAAUGAACGUAUAUUGCAUCUCCUCCGAAGUAAAGAAGGACACAGGAAAAACUAACUUAGUCUGAUCUUAGAUAAAAUUUUAAACUAUAUUGUUCAAAAAGAAAUUGUUUUUAACAGUUUUGGGAAUUCUUUUAAGGAAGAAUAUGCCCAGAAUGUCUGCCCUGUGGGUCCCUGACAUAGGCCUGUGCACCAUGCAGAAAAGGAAGGGCUUAGGGUCCCCUUCCUCUCACAGUGGGCUUCUUACACUGCCCUAUAACUCAGCCCUCAGUGGCCAGGCAUAUUCAGAUUCCACAGAAAUUCAUUUUUAACUGUGCUAAGUUGGGUCCCUCGGUUAAACUUGAAGUUAGGCACAGUUUUCAGUGCUAAGCAAGAAGACAGAAAGCUUUGUCCUUUAAGAGUGAAAGAUUGAGCUUCAGUGAAGUAAUGCAUUUUUGCUUUGGCAUUAAAUGUAGCUAUGCUAAAAUAUGUGACAUCCAUAAAUAUAUGUAUGUCCCUUUAGUGUAAAACACCAUAUCCAUGGUUAUUGUGAAUCAAUGAUACAUGGGUAUA